AUGAGGUCUAACAUCAGGAAUGCCUCUUGGAAAAAAUGGCAGAUAUUAGUAAAGAAUUUUCAACGGGAGCGAUGGCAGACGAGGAAGGCAGAAGGGAACAUGAGCAACACGGGAGAGGGCAAGGACUACAGAAUGCACCCAGCAAAAACUACAAGGGCAAGGGGAAGGGACGACGGUCACGC